AUGGAAGUGCGUUUUUGGUGGCGCUGGAAAGGAAAGAAGAAAUCUACCCAAGGACCAGAAGCACAUGAGAAUGAUAACCAACAAGGGCCGCAUGAUACGUCCGAGGAGGUGCUGUUUGACAGAGUGGUCAAGCAGGAAGAGCCUGGUCCAUCCCAGGAUCCUGAUCAGGGCGAUUCCGAGUUAAAAAUGGCGGAUGAAGAACGUAGUGAGGACUUGAGUGAUAGCAAUGAGAAAAAGACAGAGCAGAGGCAGAAGGUCACCGGAUCGCGACGAACUCGAGCUAAUGAAACUCUGGAGGAAAGAGCGGAACGAAGACGAUUCAAAGCGGAAAGGGAACGCAUUCGACGACGCCAGAACAGACUACGACGGGAGAGGGAGCGAGAAGUGGCUAACAAUGCCUUCAAACUGGAGGAGGCGCGCCCAUCAUGCGCAGAGCUUACUUCAAUGAAGAGUCAUUCAAUUGCUGGUGGUGUUUUGCAAGCUGUCAAGGCACAGGUUCCCCAUGUCAAGGCACAGGUUCCCCAGGGGGAACCAGUCUCCCCUAUAGGUAAAGGGAAAGCUGCAUGCUUCGCUCUCGUUGGCUUCAGAUCGGAGGAAGAGCGACAAAGGUUCUCCGCCCUCGCGAUGAGCAAUGGUUUCCGUGAUUUGAUUUAUCUCAGCGGUCCACUGGUCGAGCCUUCGAACAAUGCUCUUAAAACCGACCGACCAUCAGAACUGAACCGCCCAAGUGUCGUUUCUCACCUACAAGAAAGUUUGUCGGAAAAUGUGACGUCACCACCAAAAAUGGAAACCGACGAUCGGCCUGGAACCUCGGCUACAACAGUGGCUGAUGGCAUCUCUAUGUUAAGUGUUCUAAUAGCAAAGGAUGAGUCUGUUACCAGCGAAGAUAACUUCGAGCAACAGUGCUACACAGAGGAACGCGAAUUCAGGUACUUUCUUUUCUUCAUGGUUUACAGCGUUUCUUUGAAUGUGCGCUGUAGCAGCCAGUCGAGUGAAAUUGGUCAAGUUAGUCCUAGAAUAGAGGAUGAAGACGCACAGCAGCAGUCGAAAAAUUCGUGUUCGAUCUGCGGAUCAGAAGUACUGACUAAAGAGAUCAGGAAGUCGCUAAGCCAGCGUCGGCAGACUGUCGUUCUUCUUGCCUGCCUACUCGCGCAGAACAUGAUCAAAGUGGAAGAAGCAAAGAAGAUUUGUAAAGAAGCACAAGAAUCAAGUGUGCUAAUCUGCCAGGACCAUUACAUUCAAGCGGCCGAAUACGUCAGAAAGGAGGUGGAAUUGAUGUGUGGCAAAUUUCCAGAAAAUGGAUUUCAUAGUGUUCCUACUAAUGUUAGGGAUGGAUUGCUGUCAUUCGUACGAGUAUACGCAAGCCGCUUCGAUGAAAAUAAUACGUUGACUUCUGAUGACGUUUCGUGUUGCUUGAAUAAAUUCUUGGUGGAGUAUCUCAGGAAAGAUGAGAGCAGUAUGGAUGUGGAGAAUUCUACGAAGUCGCAUGAACCAAGAGAGGAAGAGCAGCAACCCUCUACAACCGAACAAUCUCCAGUGAAUCAGCAGCAGCCUUCCGUGAGCACAUGCGCGGAUCAAGCACUUUGCUCCCCAAGAAAUGCCUCCUCCACUGGUGUUGCAGCGGAAGACGUUGCAGUUAACGACGAAGUUUCACUGAUAAAACUAAAAAAGGAGAACUCAUGUGAAAUAAGUGCAAUGGAUUUGUUGGAGUCAGCGUCACAGGAGACUGACCCUGUGAUUAUUAUCGGCUCUACUUCACCUGACAGUAAAGCCUCAAUCUCCACAUCUCCUUCAGAAUCUAUACACAAGGAAGAAGUGACAAAGAGGAACAAUGACAAAAGAGAAAUAAUCACAGUUCCCUCCGCGGUGCUCCGCGAUCAGGCUAUGUUGGCGGACACUCUCAAUGACGACCAUUUCUGGAAUUACUUCCGAAUUACGCGCAAAACUUUCACUAUGCUUUGCUACACAUUGGAGAAGAUACUGAAGAGAAAAGGAGAUAAAACAAUUUCCUGUUCAACUACAAUUAAACUGGCUACCACUUUGGAAGUCUUGGCCGGAAAUGCGCCGUCGUCGGUUGGUUUCACUGCAGCGCACGUUACUCGUAUCUUCAACGAUGUUCUGGCAGCAUUAGCUGAGUGGUCGACAACGAUGGUGCAAUGGCCAAAUGAGCGGGAGCGUAAGAAGAUUAGCGCAAACUUCUUUGAACUGACUGGCCUGCACAAUAUCGUCGGUUGUAUUGAUGGAACAAUAGUAAGAGGGAUUCAAGGGCUGAACAUUGGAGUUGUAGUAGAUGACAAAAAGCGGUUCCGAUGGGUAUUUGCGAAGUAUCACUCGAACGAGGACGACGAUUCCGUCUUCAAACAAAGUUCACUUUGCCAACAAUUGAGGGACGGCAGAAGGAAAGGAUUUUUGAUAGGUGAUGAUGCUUAUAAAAGCGAGAGAUUCUUGUUGACACCAAGCGAAGGAAAGGACUGGAUGACAGAAGAGGACUUUGCUUUGGCUAAUACACUGAGAAGUGCACAUCUAUUGGUGCAAGAGGCGAUUAAAAACUGGAAGAGGCAGUUUCCAAUACUCAACGGUACAAUCAGAUCUCAAAGGAUAGCACGAAUAGUUAUAUGUUGUGCGGCGCUGUAUAAUCUGUCACGAGCGGAAGGCGAGCCGUUAUUUGAAGUUGAAGAUGAAGUGGUAGUGGACGAGCCGAAAGAGUGUUUAACUAUAAUUGAGUGA